AUAUACCAGGCAGCCGCAACCACGGGCAUAUAGCUUCGCCAAUUGGACAGCACCCAAGCACAACUCACAUCUGCCAACAUGUCGUCAGGUCAAGGAUACGGCUCUGCCUACAACGCACCCCAAGACGGCUUCCCGUCGACGAACCCGUGGGCAGAUCAAGUGCCGCAAUCCACGAAUCAGCAGCAGCAACAGCAGCAGCAAGCACAACAGAGACCGUCUGGCUACGAGCCACCUCCAGGCCCGCCACCGCGUGGCAACACUUUCAAUGAGGAAACUUUCGUACCGGAGGACCAGAGGGGCGAGCAACGCGAAGCCCUGGAGCAAUUCGAGAUGAACAAUACGAAGCCAGAGUCACAGGCAGACCGGGAUGUAGCUCAGUUGUCAGCAGAAUUCCCGCGCAUAGAUUCAUCCCUCGUUGCCGCCCUCUACUCCGAUACUCAAUCAGUGGCAGCAGCGCGAGAGAUGCUCACGGAGCUGGCGGCAAGUCAACAAUAGUCGACAUGUGCAAGUCAAGCGUGAAAAGCAAUUCGAGCGGUUUAAGCACAGACAGGCGCUGUUACCACAGAUCGUGGACCGAGAGCACAGGGAACGUGGAUGCCUGAUUUUAAGCCUGAUGUGGGGUCCCGAUGUCGCGCCCACUGGUGCUCGGCUUAAGUACCUCGUCACAGUGUUGGUGCCGAGCUGUCACCAGCUCCAUGCACCAUUGCCACAGCUCAUUGCUUCUCGCGGCAGCUGUCUUGCUUGCAGUAUAACAAACAACUCGAGAACUCACCCUUACCCAAUUCAUGUAGGCGAGCAGUUGC